CAGGCUUCUAUUUCUUGUUCUGCUUCUUCCCAUCGAUUAUGGCUAACUUUUGAAUCACUCUUGCUUCAAUGUUACCGCUAUAUUUGAGUCAGACAAGAUGUGAGCGGCAAUAGGAUUAUAGGAAUCGUACGAAGUUGGAAUGCGCAAAGAAGAUUGAAUAGAAUUAUAAAAAGGAUUCAGAACAAGCUUUAUCUUUUGUCAUGGCCUUGUGCAGGUGUCUCUCCUUUUUUACUGGAAAGAAAGAGAAAAACAAGGGUGCUGCUGAAGGGUCUGCAACCGGGGACCUUAAAGCUCAACUUGGCGAAAUACAGCACCCGAAGAUUUCAUCAGAGCGUCGUGAUUUGAAGCCGGCCACCCUUGAUGUCACGGUACCCUUUGGUGUGCAGAAGAAUUCAAGGGGAAAUGUGAGGAUUAUGAAUCAUGAGAGUCCUGCUAAAACUGAAGUGGAGGAAGCUUAUGAAGGAGAAGACGAGCAUGAGCAGUCUCCUUCCAUCAAGAGGGAGCUCUCUGAUUUUGAUCUUCAAGUCCACCAAGCUGCUGCAAACAAAGGAAUAUGUGAUCCAUCAAAUGAAGAGUUAAAAUACCCGAGUCUGUAUGAAGACCAAGCUAACAUUCAAUUCGAAGACACAGACCAUAAAUACAGCAUAAAGAGUAAUGAUAUGAUCCAAAGUGGACAUGUCAGUGAUCCCGGGAUUGGCAAGACUCACUUUUGGGCUUCUCCAGAGCUCAAGAGAUCUUGUUCUGACCUGGAAAGAAGGGAUGUACUUAUGAAGACUGCUCAUCUCUUUCCAACUUCCAAGUCACAGUCUUUUGAGGAUUUACACGGAUUAUCAGCAUAUCAGAUGGUUAAUCUAGAAAGCCCCAGGUCUGCGAUGACUCACUGCAGUGCUGAUAAAGUGAUGUUGAAAAGGCAUUCCUCAAGUCAAGUUCUCCCUUCAAGAAGUAAAAGAUUGUGGUGGAAGUUGUUCCUCUGGAGCCACAGGAAUAUACAUAGGUCUAAGUUAAGCAAAUCGACACAGAUACAUCCUGCAAUUGCUGCUUUGAGUAGUCAAUGUGGGUACUCCUCCGACACCCUUGAACCAAAGCAAGGCAAGGCAUUGAGACACGAAGAAUCACCCUCACCAACCUCAUCUUUUGGGGAAUACUUUCAGAAAAGAUGCGAUGAACAAAAUAUUGUUGACCAAAGGUGGAGCAGAUUUCAGAAAGACCAUUUUGGAUUUUGGCCACAAAACCAAUGGGUGGCUUUCUCAGCCGAAUCAUCCUCGCUUAGCAGAGUGGAUGAGUGGGUGAAAGAUCUCGAAAUUCAGCAGCCACCUCCCGAGGAUGACUUUGGUGAUGACGGCAUUGGAAACAUUGCCUUCCCACCUUCUCCUGAUAAUGGUAGAUCAAUGGCAAGAAGCACAUCUCAGUUGAUUCGACAUUCAGAUGCCAAUAUUUCAAAAGAGAUAAUGAAUGCCAAUAGUCUGGUCCAGUCCCUGAACCCCGCCUCAACUGCUGCUCAUAUAUCAGGCAUUGGUAUAAAAGCCAUUCCCUCUCUUUCACACUUCUUCAGUCUCCGCUCUGUCAAUUUGUCAAGCAACCUUAUAGCUCACAUCACGCCUGGAUUUCUCCCAAAGGGUAUUCAUACCCUGAAUCUUUCAAGAAACAAAAUCAACAUUAUUGAGGGCCUCAGAGAAUUAACCCGGCUCCGGGUACUUGAUUUAAGUUAUAAUCGCAUCUCAAGAAUUGGACAAGGAUUAUCAAAUUGUACCUUAGUCAAAGAGCUAUAUCUUGCCGGGAACAAGAUAAGUGAUGUUGAGGGGCUCCACAGGUUACUGAAGCUGACAGUUCUGGACUUGAGCUUUAACAAGAUCGCAACCACAAAAGCAUUAGGCCAGCUGGUGGCUAACUACAACUCACUUCAGGCCUUGAGUCUGCUAGGAAAUCCAAUUCAAAGCAACAUCAGUGAUGAGCAGCUGCGCAAAGCAGUUAGUGGUCUUCUUCCAAAGCUUGUGUACCUGAACAAGCAAUCUAUAAAGCCUCAAAGGGGACGAGAAAUACUCACUGAUAGUGUUGCCAAAGCUGCACUUGGGAACAGCGGCCACAACUCCUACAGAAGAGUACUGAAGAAAGGUGGUGGCCAAGGAGGGCCAAGUUCCUCAGGUGUGCAUAGAGGCGGUGCUAGUGUUUCCCACAAUAGCAGGCACAGGUCAAGGAGCCGAACUAAGCGUCAUUAGUUCUCUGUGCAAUUUAUCAGUCUAUUUCUAAGACUUGAUGAAGUGGAGGAGUAAUUUUCAAACUUGUUUUUACCAAUAUUUGCUUCAACCUGAAACCCACCUGUGGAAUAAGCGUUGGUUGUGAUUGUUACUGUGUUUGUUUCAACCUGUUAGUUAUCUUGAGCGUUUGAUUAAGACUGCUCCAUUCGUGAGAGUCUCUUGGUUAGACUUGGAUGUAGAACAGUGUUCAUCGUUUAGCUGGUUUCCCGAUAUACUUAAAAGUGGAAUAAUGAAGAUAUGAAAAUCUGUGGAUUUUCAUCUUGGAGAA